AUUUUGGCACAGAUGACGAGGAAGAUAGAGGUCUGUGAUGCGACGGUUCGUGGCAUAUACAUGAGGGUUUCCAACCUGUGCUGUCUGUAUGGGGGACUGAACAUCUCGGUUUGAUAUUGUCGACACAAGUCUGAGCCUACGACUCGUGCAUGCUCCGUGUUGUCGGUAUGACGCACCGCCUGCGAUGGACUUCUGCGGUCCAGACCUAUCGUCGGCGUUCGGGACGGGUGUGACUCGUCGGAGGGUGUUCAGGUGGUUGUCGGCGGCGGCGGCGAUGGAGGUGCGGGCAUGCUCAAAAGGGCUCAACCUUCGAGUCAUGCAGUUGCAUCUGUAGCUGGCGAACACGCUCUUCGUGCCAUGAGGCCAGGAGCCCGAUGGCCGCGUCUGCUCGCCGACCAAGUUGCGGUGAAAAGAUCACGAAAAACUGGAUUGGCCAAUCAGAAUCAAGUUCUAUUCCGAAGGCGAGAGCAGACGCGGACGGACGCGAUGACAUCCAAGUGGUUGGAAGACUCUGACUUUGUGGCGCGGUUCCGCGGCUUAUACGACCGCAAUGUGUCCACAACCGAGGUCACGGCACCGUCGAACCCUCCUCAAGACGUCGUGCGGCGCCUGGACGGGUUUGGCUUGGAAUGGGCGCCGCUGCAUCCGUUCGUGAAGCAAGCGGUGCUGUGGGACAUGGGCCUCGUGCAUCCCACGAACGGUGCCUUCGACAACGAAAACACACUGCAGCAAGUGUACACAAAAUGUGAUGCUGGGACGACCACCGGCUUGUCCAUGGCGUCGAUUGCCGUGACCAAGAACGAAUUCGAAAGCACGAGCGCGUCCGAGACUCUGCGUUGGUGUCGUAGUGCUACGACUGAAUACGCCCGACAGGAGAUUUCCAGCGGACUGAACCUUCGGAAAGUCUCGAAAUGCGCUACAAUGUUCUUGAGCACCAUGAAAGGCGGCGACGCCAGCAUGUGGUCCCAAGACGCGUCCGCCUUGAAUGCCAUUCCCGACCCUCAGCUCUUCCGACAUUCAUACGACUCGUGGAAGAUGAUUGCGAUCCACAAUCGACCUCGCACCGUCAAGGAAGCGUUGUGGGGCACUUGUCCGGACGCGACUUCUCCCGGUUACCUCACGAUCCCUUGUGUUGAACUGAACACGUCUAUCACGGACACGUCGUACUGCAAGCCUGCUCCAAGCGCACUCAUGGACAAGUGGCUCCAAGAACUCAAGCGGUCCAACACUGCCGUCAGCGUUGCGACCGAGAAGCCGACGACGCUCUCUCCAAACCGCGCCAAAUCGAUGCAUGCUUCCACGGCGGUGGUGGGUGUCGUGAGCGCCGUCGCUGCCAUCACGAGCUGGUAGAUCUUUCAGCGCUUCCGCAGCGCUUUGUCGGCGGCCCAACCCUCCACUCGCUUGCUCUAGCGCACCGCCAGGACUGAAGGUAGCGCAGCAGCAUCUGCAAUGUUUGGGGUCGUCGUUGUUUCGGUGAAGCUAAAUUAGGUGUUUCCAAAAAAAUUAUGAAUUUGUGCACCUAAAUUAAGGUUCCAUGCCUGA